UUGACUUUACUGAACAGAAUAUAAACAUGACUGACUUCUACAUGUCGGCACAGAUACGACAGAUAGCUAGCAACGUUAUAUGUAGGCUAAAAUAAGCCCUUCAUUUAAUAACCAUAUCCUAAUGUUGUUGUCAAGGCAAUUUGAUAAACCUACCAGCCGAGGACCAUGGCGGCGGUAACAACGAAACAUAAGGAUAUGACACUAAUGUAAAAUAAAGGAGAAUAUUCAUACAACAUAACUAGAAACACGGCUGCCAUUUUUAAUCUGGCUAACGAUAAAUAAACCGAUUUAUGAUCAAACCCGUGGAUAAAAAAUACAUUCGUAUCCUCCAUAGCAGGCACUUCCGUCACUACGGUGUCCUGUGCACAUAACCUCAUGCGCAUUUUUUCGCGCAUUUGGGAGGAGCGCUUAGCCGAACAUCUGUAGUAAGGAAACCGCAGAUAGGAGGGCGAAUACAAUAGGUGAACAGAUAGCCUCCCCAGAGUCCCUGCCAGUAGAUCUAUCUUUCAAUCAUUUCAAAAAAGUCUCAAUUUCGGUAGCCCAGUUCUGGGAGAGUGGAUGAACCGGUGCACAGAUGGUGGCAUUUGUGGUAAUAAGCAAGGAGAAGGUUUUGAAACCGUUAGUCCUGGACCUAUCUAUGACAAACCAUUAGGUAAGCAAAAGGCACAGAAAUAAGGUUGAGGACUUAGGCUAGACUAUAUUGUUUAUUUGGACAAUAGGCUGUUGUUUUUUGUCAAGUCAUGAGCAAUUUUAAGGACAUAAAGUCGACCUCCUGUCAACUGAGCUCGGAUAAUAAUUCAGUGAGCAGCAAUGACUGGGAUAUGGCCAAUGAUGUGUUUGUGACCUGCUACGAGGACCCGAUGGGAGAGAAUAUACACGGGGAGAUGGACUCGGUCCAGUCCGGCUUGGAAAUACACCUGCCUCCGCUGCUGCUAGGCGAUCACCGUUUAUCUCAGGACAGCAUGCUAUUGGGCCUAGUGGAGGAAGCUUACUCGGGCUAUCAUCCUCUCCCCGACUCGGGGACAGACUAUUUGGAUAUCACAAACGACCUGAACUACACCGAAAGUGAUGGGAAUGUGACUACAAAGAAACGUAACCGCUCCACCAGUUCCAGGCACCGCGGGGAGGUCGUCACCGAGCUGGGACCAGAGGAAGUGCGAUGGUUCUACAAAGAGGACAAGAGAACAUGGAAGCCAUUUGUUGGACACGACUCUUUGAAAAUUGAAGUAAUUUACCGCAAAUUAUGUGAACUAAAUCCCUGCAAGGUCAAAUGUCGGAGUCCCACCACCGAACAAGAGGAAGCCAGUGAUUCGGCCACGGGUUCCGAACCCCAACUGGAAGAUGUGGCACACGGGGGAGCUGUUCAAGCAGAGACGGCGACAGGGGACGCAGAGGUUGGAGGGGACAGAGAAUGGGAGAAAGAUGAACUCGACCUGGAUUCCAUAAGUGUAAACGUUGAGGCUGUUUGCGUCAGAGGUGGUCUCUAUGAAGUGGACGUCAAAGACAAAGAAUGUUACCCCGUCUACUGGAACCAGCAGGACAGUAUUGCCGUGAUGAGGGGUCAGUGGUUCGUCGACGGCACGUGGCUUCCCCUUGAGGAAGACGAGAGUGACCUCAUCGAGCUGGAGCACCUUGCCCGUUUCAGGGGGCACCAGACGAGGGAGACCUACGAUGCCACCAUUGAAGUGGUGACCACCACAGUGGACAACAAGGAUGGUAAAGUGGAUGGACUCAAUGCAAUCCACAGUUUGAAACUGAGCCGAAGCCAUGUGGACUGGCACAGUGUGGACGAGGUGUAUCUCUACAGUGAUGCCACCACCUCCAAGAUCGCACGCACUGUCACCCAGAGACUGGGCUUCUCCAAAGCUGGCAGUAGUGGGACGCGUCUCCAUCGUGGCUAUGUGGAGGAGGCAGCACCUGAGGACACCCCGCCCGAAACAACACACAUCGUCUUUGUGGUGCACGGGAUUGGCCAGAAGAUGGACCAGGGCCGCAUCAUCAGGAACACAAGCAUGAUGAGGGAGGCUGCUAGAAAGAUGGAGGAGAAGCAUUUCUCCGAUCGUUCCACAGGACACGUGGAAUUCCUUCCUGUGGAGUGGAGGUCCAAACUGUGCCUGGAUGGAGACACGGUGGACUCCAUCACUCCAGACAAGGUUCGUGGACUCAGGGAUAUGCUCAACAGCAGUGCCAUGGACAUCAUGUACUACACCAGCCCUCUGUACAGAGACGAGAUCACUAAGGGUUUAACUCAGGAGCUGAAUCGUCUCUACAGCCUCUUCUGCAUGCGGAACCCUGAGUUUGGGGAGAGUGGCAAGGUGUCCAUCGUGUCCCACUCCCUGGGUUGUGUCAUAACCUUCGACAUCAUGACAGGCUGGGAUCCGGUACGCUUCCGUCAUGAAGAACUAUGGGCCGACCCCGAGGAGAUGCAAGAGAGCUGGCCAAGCUGUCAGGGACGUCAACUACAAGAGGAGAUGAGACUCACACGACUCAGGUUACGAGAUUUGGAAAAUCAGUUUGCUGGGUUGCAAUCCCCGUCAUCUGAAGGCUCUUCUUCAGCCUUGAAAUUUAAGGUGGAGAACUUUUUCUGCAUGGGUUCUCCCCUUGCCGUGUUCUUGGCGUUACGAGGAAUCCGACCGGGGAACAACGUGACUCAGGAUCACAUCUUACCCAAAACCAUCUGCCAACGUCUCUUCAACGUCUUUCAUCCUACCGACCCUGUGGCUUACCGAUUGGAGCCGCUGAUCUUAAAGAACUACAGUAACAUUUCACCUGUCCAAAUACACUGGUAUAACACAUGUAGUCCGACACCGUACGACCAGAUCCGUCCCACGCUGCUCAACCCUGCACUGAAGGAGAGAGCAUCCAUCUCGGACACGGAGAGCCUCCCCAGCCCCUGUACCUCCCCCCCUCAGACCCGAAGACACUACGGAGAGUCCAUCACAAAUCUGGGGAAAGCCAGCAUUAUGGGUGCGGCCAGUCUCGGGAAAGGCAUUGGCGGGAUCUUCUUCUCCCGCUUCUCACGCUCAAGUGGUCAGGUGGGCAACGUGGAGGAGGAGCCUUCCGAUUCAGAGGGCGGGGUCUUGGAGGUGGAUAAUGCCAUAUCAGGAGAGGAGGGUGUGGCUACAGAGUUAGAGAAGUUACCUGUAGUAGAGGAGACAAGGGAAAUAGAGUCCUCCAUAUCUCGGUCCACCUCAGCUAUCCUGGACAACACCACAUUGGAGUUGGAGAGGCGCAUUGACUUUGAGCUGCGAGAAGGCAUGGUGGAGAGCCGCUAUUGGUCGGCUGUGACCUCGCACACGGCCUAUUGGUGUUCACACGACGUGGCACUGUUUCUUCUCACCUUCAUGUAUAGACAGGGGUAUCCCACUCAGCUCUCUGAGGAUAACCCAGAGUUAUCCUAACCCACAGCCAAAACACACACACACACACACACACACGCACAGAAAGAC